AGAGAGAGAGCGAAUGUGGAAGAGAAGAUGAUAUUGUCGUUGAAGGGAUGCAAUGCUCCGGAUCAAUUUCGAACCCUGACUCAACACCGAUCCCUCUACGCUUUUAGAGCUCUGAAUCGUGGAGGAAUCGGGGUCGUCUCUUGCUGCUCUUCAUCCGUUUCGAGAACUUGUGAUCUCUCCAUAUCAAAACACAUGAAAGAUUCGGGACAAGCAGCAUCAAAUCAGUCAACUGACGGUUCGGUGAACUUGGCAGAACAACUCCAGUUUGGGAGAUUGACUGAAGAUAAGUUGUCCUACAAGAGGAAAUUCAUAGUGAGGUGGUACGAGGUUGGGUUCAAUAAUACUGCCGCAGUUAUCGCCAUUACCAAUCUCCUUCAGGAAGCUGGGUGUAAUCAUCUUCAGUUCAUAGGGUACUCCAAAGAUGGGUUUGGGACAGGCAACACCAUGAGACAGUUGCAUAUAAUAUGGGUGACUACUCGAAUGCACAUUGAAGUUUACAAAUACCCAUCAUGGGGCGACGUGGUUGAGAUUGAGACAUGGUUAGACUUGGGAAGAGUUGGGGGCAAACGUGAUUGGAUUAUCAGAGAUGCCACUGGUACAGUUAUUGGGAGAGCCACCAGCAAAUGGGCCAUGAUGAACCAAGACACAAGACGACUCCAAAAAGUCAGCGAAGAUAUGCUUGAUGAUCUUCCAAAUUACUGUUCACGAACACCACGGUUAGCUUUUCCAGAGGAUAACAGUAGCAAGAAGAAAAUUCCCAAGCUUGAAGAGCCUGCACAAUAUUCUAGACUAGGGCUUAAGCCUAGAAGAGCUGAUCUAGACAUGAAUCAGCAUGUGAACAAUGUCACCUACAUAGGAUGGGUUCUUGAGAGCAUGCCUCAAGACAUUAUUGACACUCAUGAACUUCAAAAGGUAACACUAGAUUACAAACGAGAAUGCCAACAUGAUGACAUGGUUGAUUCCCUCGCUAGUAUGGAACUAAUGGUAGGUUCAGAAGCAGUUACAGAGCUUAGUAGGACAAAACAUGAAGAAGACUGUUGUCAGUUCUUGCAUUGCUUGAGAAUGUCAAGUGGAGGACUAGAAAUAAACCGGGGUCGCACAGAGUGGAGAAGGAAAUCAAUGAAUUGAAUUCACAACGUGUUCUUACAUUUCAACUGAAAGAAUCCAAGUUGUGAAUCAGUAACAGAAACUU